AAGAAAGUGGCUUUGAAAGAGACCCUUCACCCCCAUCCUUCUGCGUAAAGAAAAGGAAAGAGAGGCGUGUUUCUACUUUUCAAAUAACAGACUUAAAGGAAAGUACUGGGACUGGAUCAAGGCGGAAAACUCAUCUGUCUGAACUGUUCCUCCUUGGAUGUAUAAGAAGACGGGAGUUUUUCUGAUCUGAGGCCCUUCGGAAAUGAGCCACACAGUGGAAGUGAAGGAAGGUGACGGAAAGUGAUUCAAGAGGAAGAAUGAUAUCUGCAGGAAUCCCACAUCUCCUUUCUGAUUUUAUUACUUUCUUUUAGCCGGGUUGAUCUACUUUAACCUUUUUAAAGCACCUUUCAAAUAAUCUAAUUUGCACCCACCCAUACCUCAGUUUGUUUAACCUCACUCAAAUUAAAUAGGCCUAUUGCUUCAGCUGUAAUGGCAUGUAGGUGCAUCCCAGCUUGUAACUAAUUAAACCACUUUUAAACUCAAUUCCCUUUUUUCUGAUCUUAAUUGAUACAAUUGACUUUUGAACAUGGCCAUCAACACGGACACCGACUUCCUGAAGUCCAACUUGGGAGGAGGCACGCAGCCUGAACAUCCCCACGAGACUGAGAAACUCCUCGCGCUGACCACCGAGCCAGCGGGACAUGGGAUGAAGAUGUCCACCUCCUUCACCGUCAACAUGGACACUGACAAGGGCCAGGAGGCCGACCAGAACGGCCACAGUGUGUCGGUGAGGUCAGGCUCCGCCGGGCAACUGGGUGCCUCCGCCCCCCUCUCCCCCUCCAAGGCCAGCCUGAGCCGCUCCUCCACCGGGAACGCGACCGUGCAGGAGACCCCGAAGCCCAAGGAUUACCUCAUCCUCGUUAUCUUGUCCUGCUUCUGCCCCGUGUGGCCCGUCAGCAUCGUGGCACUGGUGUACUCCAUCAUGUCCAGAAACAGCCUACAGGGGGGGGAUAUGGACGGGGCCAGGAGGCUGGGCCGACUCGCCCGUCUGCUCAGUAUCGUCUCCAUCGCCCUGGGGGUCGUCAUCAUCGUGGUCUACGUCUCAGUUUCAGUAAGCUAAAACUGAGGAGGAAACAUUUACCGUGACAGUCGAACCACGGAUGCAACAAAAGGGGAUAAGCCGUUCCAAAAAAAAGAAAAAGAAAUACAAUUCCUUACUCCAUGCCAUAUUGUAAUUACAUCAUCACCGACCUCAGAAAGCAACACAAAAAAUUGUCAACUAACGAAAGCAAGUUAACAAAUAAAUACAUUCAGAGAAAAAUCCAGAGAUGCAUGCAUUAGAAUCCAGUAACAAUUGCUUGACAAAAAUAACAAGAAACCUGAAGUAACAAUGUUCAGGUUAAAACAGAGGAAACAGAAAAUGAUGAUUGUAUGCAGCCUGGAGGACUCAUAAAGGUUUCUUGAAAAAAUGGACUUCCUAAAACGAAGAGGACGAUCAACGCUUGAGAGAGAGUGAAGAAGAAACUGUGUGCUCCUUUGAGAAACUGAUUCUGGGUUUGGGCUUCAAACGUCAGACAGCUGCAUAUAAUCCACAUAUAUUCCUUACUGAACCUCUUGCAUUCAAAGCAUAUACAGCUACAAAUAUAUUUGAAAUAUGGAUAUAUGAACAUAUAUAUAUAUACAAUAGAUGUACAUUUUAUAAAAAUGUUUGUAUGCCAAGUGGUGCUGGGUUUGUUAAGAGUGUUACGAUGGCUGCUUCGUCAGCCCUUUUAUCAGUAGAAUUUCAAGGGUUUGUGAAAAGGGUCAGGGAACACGUUUUUAAAUUGUGUUAUUUAUUAUCAUUUUUUCAACAAAAAAUAAGGUUGAGACCAAUUGCAUGCCUUAAUGUAGAUUACCAACAUCCUGCCUUCGUUUUGACUGUUAUUAGUUGUGUCUUCUUUUGAAGGAGUCAGAGAGGCCGACAGGUUUGCACAUGAAGAGUGAUUUGUGUACGUUAUGUGAGUCCAGCCGCUGUAGAGUGUGUAUCACCCCUCGCCCCUUUGUGUCUCCAAAAUAUCUUGAACCUUGCCAUGCUCUGGCAGAGACUGAAACGCAUGCCUAACACCCCAAAAACCUUCUUUUCCUUUCACAUCCCCCUAUCUUCACCACAAAACCUGAUGAAGUGGCUUCAGUUCUGUCUCAUCUUAUUCCCUUAAACUCCAUUUUAGAUGUGCCUUGUUCUACCUUUGUACAUUAUAGUGUUAUAGUUCCUAAUUUCCAUUCUUACAUUGACUGUUAUAUGCCACUGAAUGUUUUUCUGCUUCUUGUAUUGUUAUGAAAUGUAUUUAUAUGGGAAAUAUAUAUGUAAUAUGUACGCAUGUUAUAUGCCAAACUGGCUUACACAUUUAUUCUUUGUAAAUGAACAGGCCUAAGAGUUUGACUGAGUAACAACAAAUAGCAUUUAAAGAACAUGUCUUUGAAACCCAAGCACGACUGAUUGUCUGUAUGUGUCACUUUAUCAGAAAGAAGUCACUGCAUUUAUCCCAUGUGGCUCCUCAGGACUGUUGUAUUUACACAUUACAGGCUUAUGCUACUAGCACAGGGAACAUCACUGUAAGACCGUGUCGCUUUAUAUGAAUCCACAGCGCUUCUUUGGGCAUUCAUGCUUCAAUUUUUAGUGCGUGUAAUUUAAAUCGGGAAAGGUUUCUUUAAAAAGGUAUAAACUGUUUUUAAGGGCUCUAACAAGUGAAACACGAGCUGAUUUCAACUGAUGAGUGAUUAAAUGUAUCUACCAAGUAAUAAAAUAAACAUCCACAAUGUAAAGA